UUAGGGUAAGUGGAAACAAACUUUUGUGUGUGCGCGCGCGCGAGUGUCAGUGCCGAUAACAUUCCAGUAAUGAAAGAGAAGGGAUUCUUAAGUUCUGAAUGGAGCCCUCGAUGGGAAAGCUCUCAAACAUGCCUGUAGGUCUGCUAUAUGCAUCUAUAAGUGUAUAUGCAUCUAAAGAAGAGGAAUCCAAAAAGCAGCUAAUAAGACCAGAACAGCUCCCCAUAUAUUCUACACCACCUCUUCAGUCUAAAUAUGUUCAUGAACAGCCUGGUUAUUUACAAAUGGGCUUUGCAUCCAUCCGCACUAGAACACUUUCUUAUAUUGGCUGGUGCAAGGGUGUUUAUGUCUUCAUGAAAAAUGGAAUAAUGGAUACAGUACAAUUUGGGAAAGAUGCCUAUGUCUACCUGAAAAAUCCUCCUCGAGAUUUUCUUCCCAAAAUGAGUGUCAUUGCAGCUUCAGGACUGUUGGGUUUGGUUUCAGCAAGGAAAGGUUCUAGGUUUAAGAAAAUUACCUAUCCACUAGGACUGGCUACAUUAGGAGCAACUGUUUGCUACCCAGCUCAGUCAAUAAUAAUUGCAAAGAUUACUGGGAAGAAAGCAUAUGUGACAAGCCAGCAUAUUUAUGAAGCCAUUAAAUCAUUGUGGACAAGAAGGGACAAAAAAGAAUCACUCUCUGAACCUAAAGAAAAAAUUAAGCUAGAAAGCCCCAAUGAAACAGCAAUAUCUGCCAAACAGCUCACAUCCAGAAACAUCCAGUUCCUUUAUCAAAAGAACUCCACCCUGAAACCAAGACCAAGUCAACAUUCACCUCAGGUACUAAACAGUUUAUAUCUGACCCCAAGCUUAUGGAUCAUGGGCAGUCCCAUCCAGAAGAUGUAGAUAUGUACAGCACUAGAAGCUGAAAUAGACUGCAUGGAGAGACUGCAUAGAGAACCACGAGAUGUGUGAAGUUGUAAAUGAUGAUUUAAAAAAUCAUGUACUGGGUAACUGACACAUAGAGUGUGACUUGAGGUGAUUCCCUGACAUCUUCAAAUGUACAGCCAAGUAAGUGAUGAAAACACAAAUUGGGAAUGCAAUCCAGACCAUAUGAAAGGAUUGGUGAGGUAGGUAUCAUGUAUCUGAUGACUUGAAAGAGAAUUAACUAAAAAGCAAAAGAGAAUGAAGAUGUGAACAUCAAUAAGACUAAAAUCUGAAAAUAUGUAUGUGCAUAGAUACAUAUGUACAUAUAUGUAUCUGCUUAAGGUUUCCAAUUAUCAGUUGGAUUAGAAUGGUGUAUAGAAAGAUGAAUGUGUUCUCUUUUUUGUUUUUCUUUUUGUUUUCAUUUCUCUGAGCUGCAAUAAAAUACCCAUAUUUUAUGGCCCAUGA